AUUCAGCGACUCGAGGUCUUAUAUACUCCACGAAGCGGCUUGAACGAUAUCAGCCCUUUGUACGUCGAAACGGUUUCUGGAGAUGGUCGCACGCUACUGUUUCGCCCUCGCCCUCAGUACCGCACUGCUAGCUCAUGUGGCAUCGGCACAAAAGUGUCCCCUGAUCUGGGACGGUCGCGUUACGCUGAGGACUACGCCAGCCGACUUUGACAAGAAUUCCAGCAUUUAUGAUCACCAGUAUGUGCAUGGGGAAAAUCAGACGUGGGCCGAAAUUAUCAAGUUCCCCGUCGUCGAGCCGUCAUUGUUUGACGUACCGAAACUCUCUAAGCCGGUCGAGGUCACCCUCAGCGAUGCCUCGAUAUUCUUAUCUGGACCAGGCGGUCUUCAGACCGGUUUCCGCCGUUCGGAACUGAUCCCCGCAACGAAUAACGGAACGGACCCCUCCGUCAUCGGUACAACCACCUUUCACUGGUCGAUCCGCAACGACCCCGCUCGUCCUCUCAACUACUCGCACGAGUAUCAUCCCGCCUGGCACGAGACGAACUCGUACGACACUGAACAGUUCACCUUCGAGACCGGCCAGCCGUUUAACCAGUCGUUCGACCCCUCCGUGCACAACCCGCGCACCCUCCGCCUGGCUGGAAACCGCGAAGUCAGCCCGGAGAACAUGCUCUUCCAGACGCCGUUCACCGAAAACGUCUGGCACAACUGGGCCGUCACGCUCGGCUGGGACUCCAAGACUCGAACCCCUGAAAAAGGUCGCGGGCCCGGCGGCGGACAGUUCCACGUUGGCGUGUUCAAGCAGCCGACGGGUCCCCUAGGCAUCAAUGUGCUCUACGAGGGAUAUCAGGAGUCGCACAUCAACGAGGGUUUGAUACACGGCGGAGUCUUUAUCGAAGACAGCUCCAAGGGCUGCGUAACCACGUCUCUGCUGUGA